AUUUCCCCACUUUCUCAACAAAAAUGAGACAAGAUAUUCAAUGCCUGCGAGGUGUUGCUAUUUUAUUAGUACUUAUUUAUCACUUAUUUCCAACACUUUUUGUGAAUGGAUUUCUGGGAGUGGAUAUAUUCUUUGUUAUAUCGGGAUUCCUCAUGGCACAAAAUUUGUCAAAGUCAAAACUUGUCACUGUGCAAGAUUUCUUCAUAUUUUACUACAGAAGAUUUCGGAGAAUACUUCCUCUUUACUAUCUUGUCAUAUUUGUAACAUUGGCUGCAGUUCAUCUAUACCUUGGAGAUUUUUGGUGGUACACGAAUAGACGAUACUCGUUGGCUUCGUUGUUUUUGGUUACCAAUCAACUUAUUAUUCACGACAGCGCAGAUUAUUUCAGAGAGUUUCUGGCCGAUGGUACAUCUCUAAAUGCGUUCAUUCAUUUAUGGUCGCUUGGUGUUGAAAUGCAAUUUUAUCUUCUUGUUCCAUUCAUAUUUUUUGGACUUCAAUUUUUGAAAAAUGAUCUUCUAAGACUGAUCGCUUCAUCCUUAACUACUGUAAUAGGAUUUUUAUGUUUUGCAUUUAUUAAUCAACAGUUUGCGUUCAACUUCAUGUUCCUCCGCCUGUGGCAGUUUUCUGCGGGAUUCAUGGCCCUUUUCUGGAAGAAAAUUAGCUUCUAUGAAUAUUCUGAGAAACUGAAACCAGCUAAAAUUGAAUUAAUUCUUCCGAUUGCUAAGGGAGAUUUGACAACAGUUUGUUUGUCAACAAUUGCUUUGUGUAUUUUACCCAAUAAGAUUGAACUUCUUGCUCUCAGACCAUUAGUAACAAUGGCAACAGCGUUUAUAAUUGCAAGCGACUCUCAAGAUAACCAGUUUUUGAAAUCGAAAACUCUUUGCUACAUUGGUGAUAUUUCAUAUGUAAUUUAUCUUGUUCAUUGGCCUAUUAUCGUUCUUUUCCUUACAGCUUCUUUGAGAACUCACUUGUUCUGUAUUUUGACAAUCCUGUUGGCGUCUGUUGUUCUCCAUCAUAUUUUUGAAAAACAAUAUUUGAGAAUGGACUGGAAAGCUUUGAUUCCAUUGCUUUUUGUGAUUGUCUUAAGUAAUGCCUAUCUUCAAAAUAGUAUUCGAGUUCACAGUUUCUGGAAUAACACAUAUUCGCUUGAGCUCCAAGAAGUUAUUCAAAACAACAAAAUGCUACUCACAGACCUAGCUGAACUUCAAAAAAUGAAUGCAAAAAAUGUAUGUGCUGUGAGCAACCUUGAUGAACCGAUUGGCCAGAAACGAGUGUUCGGAUACUGUGAAUAUCCAAAAAGCCACGGAAACAUAUCGGUUAUGAUGAUUGGUAAUAGUUAUGUGAUGACAUUCAGUGAACCUAUAAGAGCUCAAUUCCAUAAAAAUUAUUCCGAAUAUCGCUAUUAUUCAAUUGGAGAAGGAGCAGCUAUUUAUGCAGACUCUCCCGGAUCCCAUCAAGCAUUAGAUAUAUUUAAGAGAAAUGUAGCAAAGUUCAAACCAGACGUACUAUUCAUUUCUGCUAGAUACUCAGAAUCGGUUCGACUUCCCAUAAAACACAACGAUGCCUAUCUCAAACAGAUGAAUGAAAAUAUUGAAUUUUACGAGAAAUUUGUAAAGAAGAUUUACAUAUUGGAUUCUCAUCCACUUUAUAACUUGAAUUUUUUAAACUUUUUUAUGCAUUAUGUUGUCCAACGACCCGAUGAGCUGGAAUCGUUACACUUGAAUCGACAAAAAGCAGAUGAACAGAUGAGAUAUGUAAAGAAACGAUUCAGUAUGGUAAAGUGCAAGAAGUGCCAGUUUUACGAUUUGAGCCAUGUAUUUGUGGAAAACGAUAAGUAUCUGACUUUUGACAGAGGAAGCAUGCUUUCAUACGUCGACAAUACAAUUCACCUUACCAAAGUUGGCGUCGAACUUUGUGAACCUGUGUUCAAAAAAAUUGUAAAAGAAAUUAUGAAUACCCUUUAAUUGUUUCAUACUGGUAACUUUUUUGAAUCAAUUUCUUUGAAUCUCUUUGCAAUAACUCAAGUUUGUAUUCAUUUUUGUGUAGUUUUUCAAGUUAAAUAAAAUCCGGUGUGCAAAAUAAACCUAUCUGUUCAAAACAUUGAGAAAUAAAGAUUUUUUACCACAUU